AUGCGAUCUUCAGGCUUUGCUCAUUCUUCUGUUCCCAGUUUCCUCCGUAAACUUCAUAUGACUUCGAAUGUUUCUAUGCUUGAGAAGGCGUCUACAAUCAAGUGCUUGCGUGAAAUCCAUGCUAGGAUGAUCAGAAACUCUGAGGUUGAAGACAUUCUAACAGUGAGCAGGCUUGUCGCCCAGUGUACUCUUUCAGAAUUUGGAAACAUGGGUUAUGCUAGAUUGGUGUUUGACCAAAUAAAAAGACCAAACAUUUUCAUCUGGAAUACCAUGAUAAGAGGCUAUGCACAGAGUGACUGCCCGCAUGAGGGUCUUGCUCUGUAUGAUGAGUUGCUGCAGAGAGGUUAUGUCCCCAAUAACUACACUUUCCCUUUUGUGCUCAAGGCCUGUGCUAUGACUAUGGACUUCAGUUUUGGGUCAAAGAUUCAUGGGGUCGUGUUAAAAUUGGGGCUGCAUGGAUCUGAUGCUUUCGUCCAAACCUCCCUUCUUAGCUUCUAUGCUGCUUGUGGUUGUGUUGAAGACGCAAGCCAAGUGUUCGAUGAAAGUCUGGAAAGAGAUGUUACUUGUUGGAACGCCAUGAUCAAUGGGUAUGUUAAGGCUGGCCAGUGUCGCGAUGCGGUUCAGGUGUUCAGAAGAAUGCAGCUUGCGGGUCAGGUGAGGCCUGACCAGAUCACAAUGCUUGGUGUUCUUGCAGCUUGUGCUCAGCUGGGUGCGCUGGAUUUGGGUAGAUGGUUGCAUAUGUACAUAGACAAAAAUCAAAUUAGAUGCAAUGCUAGUCUUAGCACUGCUCUUGUGGAUAUGUAUGCAAAAUGUGGUAGAAUAAAUGUUGCACUCAGUAUGUUUAAUGAGAUGCCUGUUAAGGACGUGUUCUCGUGGAGUGUGAUCAUUGGUGGGCUUGCCAUGCAUGGUCUAGCUAAUAAGGCUCUUAAUAUGUUCUCCGAGAUGCUAAGGACAGGGGUGAAUCCAGACUCAGUAACAUUUACUGGAGUCUUAUGUGCUUGCAGCCAUGGAGGACUAGUGGAAGAAGGUCUGAAACAUCUUAGUUCUAUGAGUAGCAUGUACAAUAUCACGCCUACAAUUGAGCACUAUGGUUGCGUGGUUGAUCUUUACAGUCGGUCAGGGCGUCUGGAGGAGGCAUUGCAUUUCAUUGAGACAAUUACAAUGAAGCCAGAUGUGGUUCUUUGGGGUUCUCUUUUUGUUGCUUGCCAGGCUCGCGGAAACACAGAGAUUGGCAAGUUGGUUGCCCAAAGGAUCCUGGAGUUGGAUCCCUGCCAUGGUGGUGCCUAUGUCUUCUUAUCAAAUAUUUAUGCCUCUUCCAGUGAAUGGGAUGGAGUUCAACAAGUGAGGACCUUGAUGAAGGAUCAAGGAAUCAGGAAAUUUCCAGGUUGUAGCUUCAUAGAAGUGGAUGGUGUGGUUCAUGAGUUUAUAUCUGGAGACACAUCUCAUCCUCAGAUGGAGAACAUUAAGAUGAUGAUGGAUGAGAUUGCUAGGCUUCUACGCCUUGAAGGUUACACGCAAACUACCAAAGGAGUGUUAUUUGAUAUAGAGGAGGAAGAAAAGGAGAAUGCUCUUGCACAACAUAGUGAGAAACUGGCAAUUGCAUUUGGUUUGCUCAGCACUAAGCCAGGGAGUACCCUUCUUAUUGUGAAGAACAUCAGAGUAUGUCCAGAUUGCCACUCUGCAAUGCAGUUGAUCUCAAAGAUAUUCCAUCGACUUAUAAUUGUCAGGGAUCGGAACAGGUUUCAUCAUUUUAAGGAGGGGUCUUGUUCCUGUGGGGGGUACUGGUAA